AUGGAAUUCUUCAACGUCGUAGAUGGACAGCGCCGCGCCAGCGACAACCAUCACCAGUGCACCAAUCCCCGCACAGAGGAGCCUCUCUGGGAUGCGCCCGUUGCCACGGUGCAUGACCUCGAGGAUGCCAUCACGGCGGCCCAGAAAGCUUUCCAGACCUGGUCCAAGACCACGGUAAAGGAGCGAGCCGACUAUCUACGCAAAAUUGUCGAUGUAUAUAUCGCGCACAAGGAGGAACUGAUGGAAAUCAUUAUGAAAGAAACUGGGAAAUCGAGUCUCAUGGCCGAGAUCGAAAUCGGAAAUACAUGCGAACAGACAACGUACUACACCAAGGUCCAUCUCGAAGACGAGGUCACUUUUGAGGACGAGAAGCUCAAGAUCGUGGCCACCCACCAUCCUUUGGGUAUCGUCGGCGCCAUAUGCCCGUGGAACUUCCCUCUGAUCCUGUCAAACAUCAAAGUGGUAUCCUCACUCAUCACAGGCAACUGCAUCAUCGUCAAGCCCUCUCCGUUCGCGCCAUACUCCGUCAUGAAGUCUGUCGAACUACUAAUCGACGUCUUGCCUCCCGGCGUCGUUCAGGUGGUCAACGGCGGCACCGACCUCGGCGUCGCCAUGACGCUGCACCCGGCUAUCGCCAAGAUCAGCUUCACCGGAACCAUUGCCACCGGCAAGAGCAUCAUGGCCAACUGCGCGAAGACACUGAAACGACUGACCCUCGAGCUGGCGGGCAACGACGCAGCCAUUGUAACUGACGACAUUGACGUUGCCAAGGUGGCGGGUCAGGUUGCCACCGGAUGCUUCUUCAACGCCGGCCAAGUGUGCGUGGCUGCGAAGCGCGUCUACGUUCACGAAUCCGUGUACGGCGACUUCCUCGAAAAGUUCGCGGGCGAGGUGAAAAAGUCCUUCUCCAUUAAUAAUGACGCCAAGUCGCCUAGCUUAUUUGGCCCCGUCUCGAAUAAGACGCAGUAUGACGCUGUCCGGGACAUCGCUCGCCAUUACAGGAAGCAUGGUAGCAACAUCAUUGCUGCCGAGCUUCCCUUGGAUUCCAAGGGCUUUUGGAUCCCGCCGACCAUCGUCAUAAAGCCGCCAGAGGACUCCGUUCUUGUCCAAGAGGAGCAAUUCGGACCAAUCGUACCGAUACUCACUUGGACGGACGAAGAGGACGUACUCCGACACGCCAACCUUAGAAACGCCGGCCUUGGGGCAUCCGUCUAUUGUAGAGACAUAGGCAGAGCCGAGAGCAUAGCCAGAAGGCUGGAAGCAGGGACGGUUGCGAUCAAUGUGCCCGAGUUGCCCCAUCCCGGCGGUUACUUCGCAGGGAUGAAAGAUAGCGGUCAUGGAGGUGAGAUGGGAAAGCAGGGCUUAUCGUCAUACUGCUACACCAAAUGCCUUCAGUUUGCAAAGGGCUGA